AUGAGCCGAGCACGUCAAUUCAGCUUGUUGUGUCGAACGCCAGUGCUGAUUCUUACGUGCUCCGGUGAGCCACAUGUUGUCAGUGAUUCUAAGCCCUUGUCAGCUACGCCUAUGCAGGUCGAUGUCUCGCACACUGUUCGCAAUGUGGACGAGGCCAAAAAGGGCUUCCUUACCCGCAAUUGGAAAACAUGCAAAAAUGACAAAGAGGUCAGCGAAUGGAUUGAAGGGCUCACGUUGAGCAAAGCCAACCGCACCAAGUUGGCGACUUGGACAGCGCAUGUCCAAAAAUGGCACUCAGAUUCCAGAAGGACCAGAGAUUCCUCCUCCAUCAGACGAGUGGAUUUGCAUCAAGCCCAGCACCGGAUCGGAACUGUGGGUCAAAUUCAUGGAUACAUCGAGGUUGAAUGA